GCUACGGCGAGCGAGCUGGGACACGCGGACGCGCGCGGGUUUGCCGGCAGGUGUGUUUGUGAGCGCGCGACCAGACGUCAGUGUGACUCUGAACAUCCGGGAGUCCUUCAUUAAUUCCAGGGGUUUUGUUUAAAAAAAGUAUUUUUUAGUGUUUAUAUGAAACAUGGCGGAAGCAGGUGAAAACUGGGAGGAGGGUUCAGAAGAAGACACUAUGAUCAAGAUCAUCGAAAACUUGAGUCUCAAAAAAGCGCUUGAGCAGCAGUCCGCCGGUGAAGAAACAGCUUUAAUAAGAAAAGACUGCGUGGAACUGCCCUGCGGUCAUCGGCGGCCGGCGCAUUACAUCCUCGCUUGGUUCAAGCAUUGCCUCAAACAGAGACAGGCUGAGUUCAGCUGCCCCGCGUUCGACGAGGGCCGGCGGAGGACCUGCGGAGCCACGUCCUCGUACCGCAGCGUCUGUGGCCUGAUUCCUCUGAGCAGCAGACAGAGAGCGUUCCUGGAGGAGAACCUCGCCUUCCUCGCCGCCAGACAGCUGUACGACUUCAAGGCUUGUCCAGGCUGCAAGACUCACGUGGAACGGCGGGAUAAGACCAACCUGUGUGUGCACUGCACCGUCUGCACCGCCAGCAGGAAACACAAGUACUACUUCUGCUGGAGCUGCCGGAGCCAGUGGAAGGGCCCGACCCACAAUGCAGUGCGCUGCGGCAACAGCGGCUGUGGACAGACAGAGAUCCCUGGAGAUCCUCUGGUGCUGAGCACACCUGAGUUCAAGGAGAAGAAGCUGAGAGAAGAAGGAGAUGACAUUUACCCGAUGAAGGACAAGUCCUCCGACCGAACACGUCUCGCGCUCCUCAUUAACAACGUGGAGUUUGAGUAUGAAAACAACCGGCCCGGGGCCGAGAAGGAUGAGUCGAGCAUGGAGCGACUGCUGAAGAGUCUGGGUUACACCGUACUGACCCUGAGAGACCUCACAGCACCGUUGACGGUGUGUGUUCAGGCUAUGAGAGCGGCUCUUCAGGACUUCUCUCGGCGUGAGGAACACGUUCUCUCAGACAGCUGCUUCGUUCUCCUCAUGUCUCACGGAAGCUCCAGAGGAAUCUGUGGAGUCUCCAGCAUCGUGAACUCAGACGGAGAGCAGGACAUGUUCUCCACCGAUGAGCUCUAUCAUCACCUGAACACUGUGAACUGUGCAGGACUGAGAGACAAGCCCAAGAUCAUCCUCAUCCAGUCGUGUCGGGGGGAUAAUGACGGAUGUGUGAACGUUCAGGACAGUGUAUCACACACAGAGCACCGAGAGAAAGACUUCUGCUGCCUGAGGUCUUCUACUCCUGACACCCCGUCCUUCAGGAACAUCAGUCUGGGCUCACACUUCUUCAGAGAUAUUGUGGAAGUAUUUAAUAAUCACGCUCAUGAGGAUCACAUCGAGGAGCUUUUCAGGAAGGUCCUUAAGAAGUUCAAGGAGAAGCAUCCGUGUCAGAUGCCGUGUAAAGACAGAACAACACUGUCUGGAAAGUUCUACCUCUUCCCUGGGCUCUGAAACAGAAAGACGUCUUCUAUUUAAAGACGUGUAUAUAGAAAUAUUAAAAAGGGUGGUUUUAUGUAAAUACAGCAGUCAACACUUGAAGUGGAUCAAAACAUGCAUAUACUUAAAACAAAUAUGUUUAUAUGUUAAAUGUACUGAUAAGAUACAAUUUUCAGAGCUUACUGUACUUUACUGUAAAUGUCACAGCUGGACAGUAAUAAAGUACAUUUACUCCAGUAGUA